AUGGAGUCGUCUAAUCAAGAUGAUUACUCGUUAAACUCAUCGAUCGAUCAAGAAGUUGACCAGCAAGAACAAGGACAAGAACAAGAGUACUACAAUAUGGGAGGUGUUGGCAGAUCUUAUGAGUGUGUUUUUUGCAAAGGAGGAUUCAACACAGCUCAAGCUUUAGGUGGUCAUAUGAAUAUUCAUAGGAAAGACAAAUUAUCCACCAGCAGGAACAAACCUAGUACUACUACUCACAAUUUCCUCAGCUCCACUACUACUAAUAAGCAUGAAAUCCACAACUUAUCAUCAGGUGCUAAUCUUACAUGUUACAAUGUGGCAGAGGCCGCACAAUCAAAUUAUGCAACAUAUUUUCCAGGAUCUACAUCCACAAAUGGUCAGAAUUUUUUGAAUCAAAGUAGAAUUAGUAGCUAUAGCUCUAAUGAUGAUGAUGAUGAUCACAAUAUUCAAUGCCUCAAUUUAUUUGGAAAGGGGAUAGAGACUAUGGAAAAGAAGAGUCAAGAAGAUGAUUUGGAUUUGGAGCUUCGACUUGGCUAUGAUCCUUUGAAACAAUAG